AUGUUAUCACCUACAGCAGAACCUGAAUCCUUCAAGUCCAACCCCGAACCCAGCCUAGCCCUCCAUGCCGAAUACCUCCCCAACAUCCGCCAAGUCAGUCUACAAAUAUCCGUCGAGGCCCCUACAAAUGCCGAUGCCGAGCUGGAGAUAUCACUAUCUGAGUCAGGGAAGUCUGUCUCAGUUUCGCUGCCCGGAUAUGACGACGGAGCUGGAGGUCUUUCGGAAACGUUGAAGCUGCCGGUCAAGGUUGGGCAAGGGGCGAAGCGCGUGCUGAACGCGCACACCAAUGGGAGACUGAAUGGGCAUACGACAACAGCUUUGAAUGCGAAUAAUUUUGUUGACAAUGGAAGUUUGCGCAUUCGGGAAUUCUCCUACCGGAUGCCGGUUGAUGAGGAGGAUGUGCAGCGGAGUGCUCUGGACGAGGUUAUGGAUGCGUUUGUUCCGUGGGCUGCGGGAGAUAUGGACCCCUAUACUAAGUUGCGGUGCAGGAAGUGCGAGAGCGUACUUCUGGACGUACCUGAGCUCGGCACGGCUGUAGCUUCGCCCACUGGGGAGUCGCAGUCUGCUGGCUGGACGUGGAAGGACCUGCCUAGUGGCAACUGGGCCGAGAUGAUGGAUUUUUGGCACUGCCAUAAGCCGGAUGAGCACGAGCAUGACGAUGAUGCCGCCGCUAAGCAGUCUGCCGAGAAUGAGAACUCGAAAGUCAAAGGGUACGGCGCGUCAAACCAGGUUCUGGCCAGCUCAGGAACUGUUCUUGUGGACGUGGCUACUUUUCUGGUCUCUGAUAGAGACUGUAAGGGCUUGAAGAAGAAGGUCUCGGAGGAGCAAAUGGAGAAGUCUUCAUCGUCAGGAGAAGAGCUCCUCUGCGAAGGAUGCGGCACCUUGAUCGGCGUGGAAGAUGCGAUUGCACAAGGAUGGAGACUGUUCAAGACCAGCCUCUCCGCAGGAUUCCCAGUAGCAGAAGGGCCUUCAGAGAUCAAAUGGGAAAGCCAUUCACCAGAUCUUGUGGUUGCUGCCCAGUUGCUAGAGCUCAUUGAGCGUGAAAGUGCUCGUAGAUUCAUCAUCCACUGCGGGAAGAAGGAUGGCCUCUUGCUAUGGGUGUUCAACCCUGACAUGCGGUACUCGAGCACAGGCACUGGAUAUAGCAUCACUCCGCAGCGAGCGAUAAAAGCCUUCUUCCAGACCACGGACAAUGUCGACGAUUUGCUGCACCCGGAACCGGGCAAGGCAUCCUCUCUAUCCCUGGAAGAACUGAGACUUCCUCCGGACACGUUCACAGCCUUCUUUCACGCGCUCGAAAACAGCAACAGCAGGCUUCCCCAGUCAGCAAGGAAGUUUCAGCGGGAUUGGAGCGUUGGAAUUCUGCACCGCCACGAGAGGGUGAAACCGACAUAA